CCUCGUCUACUGCAGGAGUGAACCUAACAACUCAAACCAAGACCUAAGAACUAGAUAGGAGAGAUCAAAAACUAUCAGUUUUCUACGCUCGCACUAUCAAUAUUGGAUAUUGGAUAUUGGAAAUCCCAAUGACCGUUAAGGUGUGGUAAAACAAAAGUUGUAUAUAAAUUGGCGACGGUUAGCGCUGCUGGGUUGGUACAAAGCAGUUAUCCAUGGCACCCAAACUUGGCUAUUGGAAAAUCAGAGGGCUAGUACAACCUAUCAGACUUCUUUUGGAAUAUCUCGGUGAUGAAUAUGAAGAACGUUUGUAUGGUCGCGAUGAGGGAGACGAAUGGCAGAAAGAUAAAUUCAGCUUGGGUCUGGAUUUUCCUAAUCUCCCAUAUUUUAUCGACGGUGAUGUUAAAAUAACACAAUCUAUGGCUAUCUUACGUUAUGUGUCUGAUAAACACAAUAUGUUGGGCAACUGUCCAAAGGAACGUGCACAGAUUUCCAUGCUUGAAGGAGCUAUUCUGGACAUUAGAUAUGGCGUUUCGAGAAUUGCCUAUAAUAAGGAAUAUGAAAAUCUCAAAGUUGACUUUCUUAAUAAACUUCCUGGGAUGCUGAAGAUGUUUUCUGACUUUCUGUCGAGCAGAACUUAUUUAAAUGGAAACUCAGUAAGUUGUUUUAGUUCUACUUGUUAGUUUAAACCGCAUUUGAUCGAUUGUUUUAAAGUACCUUUGUACACUUCAUUAGAAGUUAUUAUGCUUAGUUAUCAGUGAUAGUUACAUGUAUAUUGGUAUGGAAGUUGUCAGUCGAUUUUCAUCCUCCAUAGGACGUAUUGAUAGCACCUUUCAUGUUUCAUGUAUGGUGAGUACUCAUGAUCAAUUCUGACCAUCUUUUAUAUUUUAUGUGAAUAUUCUCCUACCUUAGAUGUCAUUUUGUAGGACCUUGUUGAUAAACCGUGGGGCUGAGUUUAUUCAGUGGGAUAUUUUACAUAAACAUGUGCUUCAUUUACUGGACCAAGACAGCCGACUUAUGUGGAUCAGUAAAAUACACAUCAAAUAGAAGUAUCUUUCACAUUUUCAUUUCCCAUCUAACUUUGGUAACAGAUGUGAUGCUGUUAAGAUUGCGAUAGUUGGACGACUUACUCUCUUUUUAUUUAUUCCUCUCAAUGCUCAUGCAUUCUUAUCAGCAUCAGACAAUUCAAAAGUGACAUUCGACUCCAUCAAUCGAGAGCUUUUAUAGCAAUAUCUCUCACUGAGUGGCUUGUUCAUAAGUUCACCACUCUACUGAAGUCUAUAUACUUAAACACCUUUAGUCGUGUUAGAGGAUAUAUUGAGCUAACAAGUGAGUAUUCUUCGUUGAGUUGUGGUCGCCAAUGAUAUGUACUCUCUGUUUUUAUCUAGAUUUGUCAUGGAUUUUCUUACAAAGGCCUUCAGAUCUCUGUACGACUUUACCAGGAUUCAUUUUGCGACAGAAAACUCCUUAAUCACCCCAGGGUAUGCAGAUAACAUAGUCCUGUUACGUGCUUCAAGACCCUGACAACAUAUGGGAGUCUUUUGGGUACGAUUGAAAAUGUUUGUGAUACAUAUCUCACCACCCAAGUGCAACUUCUUGCUUCAGGACUGAUCUCAGUUGGGGCUUUAUCCGACAAUAAGAAGUGAAGCGAUUGAGUGAACUGAUUGUGGAUGCCACCUAAGUGACGUAAUUUGGUGAAUAUGGAACAGGCUUUUUUGUCCGAGCUGAGGACGUAUGAUGUACACGUCUAGUGACCAGCUACCCUGAUGUCUUAUGUUUACUGAAGUGAGGUUAGAUUGAAAGAAAGGGUUCAAGUUAGUCAGGCUACAGUGAAGCAUUAGUUUGACAGUCUAUGACUUUUCCUUAACCAUAAAGUGGUAUGUAGGCCUCCCAGUUUACGCUUAUGAGACGAGAGAAGUCGAUGAUCAGGAACUAGUUUUUAAAAAACCCAUAUGCACAUAAAUCCUAUCUUUAUUCUUUCAUAUCACGUUACUUUUUCCUAUCCCAUUUUUUGUCCGCUAACUUUCUGCAGCUUUUGGUUGUAGUGGUUUCAUAGCCUCCUUUGUCUUAUCGUUUUGUAUCUUGAUAUGUUGACGCAAGUUGUUGCAACUAUGACUUUAACUUAGUAAUGCUAGGCCAAUGUAACUCACUACUAAGUGACUAACAAUGACUUGUCUAUACAAUUUGCCAAUUGUGUUAUUUCAUAGUGUUGUUAGUACAUCACAUGCUUUCUAUUUUUGUCUAUAUCGAAAAAACUAAUUGACGUCUUUGAACUAGUGAUACAAGCACAUCGAAACCGACACGUCCUUUGCCUUCGGAACAAUAACUAUCUGUGUUCUCCAUGACCAACAUUAAGGCAAUGUGUUGAUACUGAGGAUAACCAUUUGCAUUAGGCUGCCUUGUGUUGGAGGAACUCAUUCGGUGGUUUCCAUGCUCACGUUGAAAAAUAUUGUUAUUCUGUUUCAUCUGAUUACCAAGUGUUGUCCAUUCCAUUUUACCUUUCGUUUUGUUGAUACGACUUUUUAAUGCUUCUGUCCAUAUCUCACAGCCUUUUCCAAAUUAUUUUCUGACUUCUAAGGUUAUGUAUAACGUGAUGGUAAUCAGACACUUAUCUUGAGUUAACUUUUGCCCGUACCUGUAAACGCUAUGAAACAAGUGUUAUAUACGUUUAUAAACCUUGCAAUAAUUCUCGUUUUACAGAUAACUCAUCUUGACUUCAUGUUGUACGAUGCCCUUGAUGUGGUUUUAUACAUGGACAAAAAUUGCCUAAAUAACUUCCCAAAGCUUGUGGAAUUUAAACAACGCAUUGAAAAUUUGCCACGAAUCAAAGCCUACAUGAAGUCUGACAGGUUCAUAGAAUGGCCUCUUCAGGGCUGGUCGGCUGUGUUUGGCGGAGGUGAUGCCCCACCCAAAUAAAAGUGAAAAUUUACUUUGCAACUUCGAAUAAACUUUAUUCUUUUGUUUAACACUUUACCUUUUUAAUACAUGAAUCAUCAAUAAAUGUUUGUUCAUAA